AAAAAAAUAAAAUAAAAGCUAUAUCAUUGGUUCCAUUUACGCACUAACAGAACGAGAAAAAGAUAACUAAAAUAAAAAAUUUAAGGGGUUUUAAUAAAUGGGCCAUUACCAUAAACUUUUUUUAACACCCUACAGCGUUUCUUUGAUUCAGGUCAUGGAAUAUUUACAGGACAGUUACUGCGGGGCAAAAUCUUAUCUAAAAUGGCAGCCAAGUAGUGACGUGCGUACCAAAGUCCAAGACAAAUAACCAACACAAAUAUCUUCCUUUGAAGGGAAAAAUCGACUUUAAUCCACGAAGAUUUGUAGGCAUGGGAAGAUAUUUAUUUGUUGAAGUGUGCCCCACUUAUUUGUUCUUGCUAUGAAACUUCUGUACCGGUCGUUCGAGAAAAAUGGCAAAGGCCAUAUUGGCCUCAUUCCAGAAGAGGCUGAAGACAUGUGGCAUGCUUACAACUUGGUUGCACCCAAUGAUUUGAUUAGGUCUACUACAAUACGACGUGUCCAAACAGAGUCUGCAACUGGCAGUACCAGCAGUAAUAAAAUUCGUACUACUUUGACACUCCGUGUUGAAACAACUGAUUUUGACAUAAAGGCUUGUGUGUUAAGAGUUAAAGGACGGAAUGUAGAAGAGAACCAAUAUGUUAAGAUGGGUCAAUAUCAUACAAUAGAUUUGGAACUGAAUCGAAAGUUUGUUUUAACAAAAGAUGAAUGGGAUGUGGUGUCAAUGGAGAGAGUGGAUCUUGCAUGUGACGCAACAAAACAGGCUGAUUUAGGUGCUGUUGUCAUGCAGGAAGGAAUCGCGCAUGUGUGUUUAGUUACUUCAAGUAUGACCAUUGUGCGAGCAAAAAUUGAAGUUAACAUUCCAAGGAAACGUAGAGGAAACUGUUCUCAGCAUGAUAAGGGUUUAUUAAAGUUUUAUGACCAAAUUAUCCAGGCUAUUAUUCGCCAUUUUAAUUUUGACGUUAUUAAAUGUGUUCUUGUAGCUAGCCCUGGUUUUGUAAAGGAUCAAUUCACUGACUACAUGUUUAGUCAGGCUAUUAAAUUAGAUCAAAAAGUUUUGGUGGAAAACAAAUCAAAGUUUAUUCUUGUUCAUGCUUCAUCUGGUUUUAAACAUUCUUUAAAGGAAGUCUUAGCUGAUCCAGCUGUGACAUCGAAGUUGACAGACACUAAGGCAUCCAGUGAAGUUAAAGCCCUAAAUGCUUUCUACUCAAUGUUGCAGCAGGAACCAGAACGAGCCUUUUAUGGGAUAGAUCACGUGGAGCGAGCCAAUGAGAUGGAAGCAAUUGAAACCUUACUUGUAACUGAUGAAUUAUUCCGAUCUCAUGAACUGGCAACAAGAAAAAGAUAUGUCAGAUUGGUUGAAAGUGUCCGUGACAAUAGUGGAGAAGUAAAAAUAUUUUCAAGUCUUCAUGUAUCUGGAGAACAAUUGGGCCAGCUUUCAGGUGUUGCUGCAAUAUUACGAUACCCACUACCUGACUUAGCCGAUGAACUUUUUAACGAAGAUAAUAGUAGUUCCGAAUCAGACGAUGGAAGCUGAUAAUAUCAUCUGUUUAGUUUAAAUUAUCCGAAUUAUUAAAAUCAAAGUAGACAUUGCAUUAUUUAUUCAAUCACUGACAGUUCGUCGUUUGGAUAUUUUAAACAAUUAUUAUGUUGUUUUAUUUUGCUUUCGGUUUAAAUUUGACCCACAUUUUGUGUAUCUCGCAAUAUUGAAGUGAUGCAGUGUGGCUGUCAAGGUGGUGCUGUGUUUUUAGUCAGCUGCUUUGUCUCAAACGAAAAAAUAAUAUUUUUGGUAUCGGCCUUAUUUUUUAGUUAUAUGCUUUCAUCUUCUUUUAUGCUAAAAAUUCUAUAAAACUCUAUAAAAGGUUGUUUUUAGAAGAAAUUUUAGGGAUAUUUUUUGUAUGUUUAGGUAGUAAAAUAAUUUUCUAGGGGGUAGACAGAUCAUUAUUUUUUUCAUUUGCUAUCAGAAUUUAUUUUAAUAAAGCUGAUAUAUUUCAUUUUGCUUUAAACUUGUGAAACGAAACAUUGAGACAUUUUUUCCCAACAUUUUAUAUUAUGUGCUGUUUUCUGACAUUAUAUGCCAUAUUAUCGUCCAAAUAAAUUAUGAUAUUUAAA